CUCUUCCCCUCUCUCUUUCUAUACCAUGUCUUCCCUCUCUCUCGCCCACUGCAAUACCUACUAAUUCUCUCUUUCCCCCUAUGUCGGCUUCCCCUUCUAUUCCUCCAGGAAUUAGGAUCAAGUUGAAGAGGAGGAGGGAGAACAGCAAUGGCAGAAGCUUCUCGGACGACGAAGAUUCCUCUGCUCUUCCUGAGAAACAAGCCAAAGAUGAUGACUCUCCAAUAAUGGCUUCGGAUUCUGGCGAGCCCAUCGAGACCUCGAAUGGAAAUGGGGUCCAAAUCUUGGACUUUCCUGUGGUUUUUGAGCAAAAAUUGGCGAGACCCCAUCCCUCUGUUUUGGCCCUAAUAUGUGCAGAAAGGGCGGUUUUUUCCCAUGAUUUUAGGGAGGAGAAAACCAGGUCUCAUGGUUUCUUCUUGGAGAACAUCUCUCAUGGUCAAUUGCAAACGUUAUCAAGCAUUCCUUGUGAUAGUCCUUUUCUCACUCCUCCUGAUCAAGAGAAACCAGAGUCUUCCACCUAUGUUUGCACUUCGCCGACAAUUAUUGAAGGGAAAGGUGUCAUCAAGCGGCUUAUAAUGCCUGGAAUGGAGAAGGAAUGUCUCCUCGUCUUGCCCGUGCAUGCUGAAUGGUUUUCUCCCACCAAGCUCCACAGGUUAGAGAGGCACGUGGUUCCAGGCAUUCUGAGUGGUAAGUCUAGUGAUCUCACUCAAGAGAGAUAUGUGGAGAUUAGGAAUAAGAUUGUGGCUAAGUACAUGGAGAAUCCUGAGAAGAUGCUCUCACUAAAUGAAUGUGAAGGAUCAAUUGAGGUUGAUAUCAACAUCCUUAGUAAAAUUUUUCGCUUCUUAGAUCACUGGGGAAUCAUCAAUUACAGGGCUACAAGCUCAUCAAAGAAGAGUGUACAUCAUUCUAUAAGGCCAGGUUCCCUUCUUCAAGAGGACAACAAUGGGGAGCUUCAUAUAUCUUUGGCCCCACUUAGGUCCAUUGAUGGCCUAAUCUCUUUUGACAAGCCUAAAAGCAGAUUUAGGCCUGAAGAUGUUUCUUUAGUAUCCAUGGGUUCUGGGCGAGCGAUUUCUGAUCUAGACCAGAGGCUACGAGAGCGUUUUAGUGAGAAUCGCUGCAGUUGUUGCGGUCAGCCUUGCCCUCGUAUUUACUAUCAAUCCCAAAAGGAGGCUGAUGUGAUACUUUGCUCAGAUUGCUUCCAUGAUGGAAAGUUUCUUACUGGCAGCUCAAGUAUAGAUUUUUUGAGGAUGGAUUCCACAAAAGAUUUCUGUGAUUUUGAUGGAGAUAACUGGACAGAUCAUGAAACUUUGCUUUUGCUCCAGGCAGUGGAAAUUUACAAUGAUAACUGGAAUGAGAUUGCGGAACAUGUAGGCACAAAGUCGAAAGCACAGUGUAUUCUUCAAUUUAUUCGCUUGCCUAUGGAAGAUGGGUUGCUUGAAGAUAUUGAGCUCCCAAAGUCAGUCUUUUCCUCAGAUUACUCCAAAGAAGCAGAUCAUGGCAAACCUUAUUCAAUGGCUAAUGGUUAUUCUGCUGGUGAAGAAAUAAAUUCUGAAGACAGAGUCCUGUUUGCAAAUUCUGGCAAUCCUGUCAUGGCCCUGGUUGCAUUUUUGGCAUCUGCCAUAGGUCCACGAGUUGCAGCAGCCUGUGCACAUGCUGCAUUAGUUGAACUGUCCAAGGAAGAUGACUGCACGGUUGCUAAUAGUUCCCCCUUAAAUAUGGAAGUUUCCGCCCAAGGUGAUAGGAAAUGUUUGGAGAGUGAUCGCCGGGAUCCUGGAUUUCGAGGGAAUGAUCCCAAUAUAAUCCAUCAACAAGAUGACUCCAAAUCAAUGCAAGGCUUGUCUGGUAAAAGUGAAUCAGUUGGUAGUCCGUCUUCUGAAAAGCUGAAAGUUGCUGUCAAGGUUGGCCUAUCUGCUGCAGCAAUGAAAGCAAAGUUAUUUGCUGACCAUGAAGAACGUGAAGUCCAAAGACUGACAGCAUCCAUUGUAAACAAUCAGCUAAGGAAAGUUGAGCUAAAAUUGAAGCAAAUUGCAGAGACAGAGGCCUUGCUCAUGAGGGAGUGCGAGCAAACAGAGAGACACAGGCAAAGGAUUGCAUCAGAACGCGAUCGCAUUGUAUCAAGCCGCUUCUCCACACCCGAUUCAACGACCACCUCAACUAAUAACAACAGGCCUAUUGUGAUGACAACUUCGACUUCACAACAAAAUCUCAUGCCUUCCUAUAAUCAACAAGUGAGCCAUCAAACCAUGUCUUUCAUGCCUCGUCAGCAAAUGUUUGGUUUUGGACCAGGCACCAUCGGGCCCCGCAUGCCUCUAUCUGCAAUACACCCUUCAGCCUCCCCAUCAUCAGCACCUACUUCCACCCCUCAGAACCCCUCUCUCUCUCAUGCUAUGUUGAGACCAGUUGCGGGUGCAAGCUCGAAUGCUAGUUAAAGCAUUAAAUUAUUGGCUUUAAGGCUUGGAAUGGUUGCUUCACUGGUUACUCUCUUCAUUGGUUUCUGUAUUUUUAGGAAAUUAUUCUCUUAAGCUUCUCUCCUAUUUGAUGAUGAUGUUAUAUGCUAAUUUCAAGAGAAGCUCUUGGCUUGGUGGGUCUCGGCCAUGGAGUUGGGGGAGGGUAUUCUAAGCUGUCGCUUUUACCUUUAUAUAAUUUAUUGUUUUUUGUUCUUAAAAUAUAUGGUUCUUUUUCUCCUCUAGUGUUAAAUUGAAAGAAUGAUUUUAAAUCAGGUUUAUACAGUUAUAACAGCCCAGGGCUAUUGCAUUGUAACUGCUGUUAAGGGUUUUAAGAUAUUGCCCAUUAGUAGGAGAUAUUCGCUGCAACAACUCAUGCCAAUAACCGUUAAUUUUGG